AUGCGUCUCACGUUCUCGAGCGUAUAUGCAAAUCCGGACGUGCUGUGCGCGCACCGAACGGCGCUCGGGAGUGUCGGGGAUCCGCUGCAUCAAGGUGGUCGGCGGUGGGGUUGCCGGUGUGAUCCGGCACAGGGGAAUUUGCGAUUCAGAUCAGUUUUAGCGGCGUCGUUGUUGUCGUCGUCGUUGACUUUGCCGGUGGUGGCUGCCGCGGCGUGUGUACAAUAUCGAUCCCUCAGAAAUCGGCCGAUAAAGACUGCAAAGGUCACGCGGGUGUCUCCCCUCUGA